AUGGAAUGUUUUGUAAGCAGAAGACCCUCCAGGAAGCGUAAAGUGGAUGUACUUAAGGAAGGGUUGUUGCAUGAUGAGGAAACAGUUGUGAAACGGAAGACGAAAAAGUGUGGGUGUAAGGUCGAGUUGUAUGCUAGUGUUGAUGAGGGAGGGAAUUGGGUUGUUCGUAGGGUACACUUAAAACACAAAGGUCACAUAGUCACACCGGGGAAGUCAAAGGAUAUAACAAUGUUCAGGAAGCAUGAGUUGGUGUCUAAAAAUGGGCACUUGGUGAACCGAGUGUGUAAUGCAAAGAAGUCUAGGGUAAAGGUAUCGCAGAUGUAUAGUUGUUUGGCGAGGGAGAAGAGCGGGGUGGAUGAAAUGUCAUUUACCCAGAAAGACUUGGAGAAUGUAGUUGCUGAGAAACAAAGACUUGAGCUAACUGAGGGUGAUGCUAAUGGAAUGAUAGAGUACUUCAACAAAAUGAGUGCAGACAAUCAAAAUUUUUUCCAUCUUUGUAGGUUUGGUAAAGAUGGUGCGUUACAAGAUGUUGUUUGGGUAGAUGCGAGGUGUAGAGCUGCGUAUGAAGAGUUUGGAGAUGUUGUCUGUUUUGACAGUACAUACUUAACGAACAAAUUUCACCUUCCUUAUGCUUUGUUUGUCGGUGUGAAUCACCACGGGCAGAGUAUACUGUUUGGCUGUGCAUUGAUCUCUCGGGAGACGGCAGAGACCUACGAGUGGGUGCUGAGGACAUGGCUACAUUGCAUGGGAGGGAAAGCUCCUACCUCGAUCCUGACGGAUCAAGAUCCGGCUAUUAGGAAAGCUGUGCAUAUAACCAUGAGUGACACUUGUCAUAGGUGGUGCAUUUGGCACAUCCUUCAAAAGUUUUGGAAGUACGUGGGUAAGCAUGAGCAAUAUGAUGCUGUGAAGGAUGAGUUUGAGAAUAUCAUAUACGGUAGUUUAGAUGGAGAAGAAUUUGUAGAUCGUUGGAUAGAUGCAGUGGAGUAUUAUGAACUACAAGAAAACAGUUGGCUUGAAGAUCUAUUUGAGGAAAGGGAGAUGUGGAUCCCAGCAUAUUUGAAACAUUUGUUCUGGGCGGGGAUGAAAACAACACAGCGUUCGGAAAGCUUCAAUCAUUUUUUCAAAGGUUAUGUUGACAAGAACACAACCUUGUCUGAGUUUGUGCUUCGCUACUGUGAUGCUAUGACCAUAAGGGCUGAGGCCGAAAGAGUUGCUGACUCCAAUACGACCCGCUACGUGAGGCAUUUAAAGACGGUCUUCCCUACGGAGGAGGUGUUCCAGAAGUGCUAUACAGACGCGAAAUUCAAAGAAGUUCAGCGGGAGUGCACCAAGGUGUUGUAUGUGCGAUGUCUAGAUCAAAUUGAAAUUGGAGAUAGUGUGAUUGAGUUUGUAAUGGAGGACCGUAUUUGGAUCAAGCCUAAGAAUGCAAAGAAAGAGUCUGUGACAAAGGUUCGGAGAUGCUAUAGGCUUUUGUUUGAUAGAACCACAUAUGAAGCAACUUGUGACUUGGUGUUGGAAUUUGUUCCUGAGAAAUACAUUCUUCGUCGUUGGAGAAAGGAUGUUCAACGGAAACACACAUGUGUAAAAGUAGCUUAUCAUGAUCCAAUUAAAACUAAAGAGGUGAGGCAGUAUCACAAACUUAUGGGGACUUGUGAACCAAUUUGCUCGAAGGCGUCUGCAUGUAUUGAGGCCGUUCAGGCUGUGGAAGAAAUGCUGCAACUCAUGGACCCUGAGAGUGGAUGA